UUUAUUAGUCUUAAUAAUAUUUUUACUGCAACAGACAUGUCCCGUGUUGCUGUGGUCACAGGUUCUAAUAAAGGCAUCGGAUUUGCCAUUGUUAAGGGCCUGUGCCAAAGAUUCGAUGGAGUCGUCUAUUUAACUUCUCGAGAUGAUAAAAGAGGAAUGGCAGCUCUAGCAGAGCUGAAUAAAAUAGGAUUGAACCCAAAAUAUCAUCAACUAGAUGUGGCAGAUCGAAACAGUGUUGUACGGUUCAGAGAUCAUAUCAAAGAUAAUCAUGGAGGUCUUGAUAUUCUUAUAAAUAACGCAGCAAUCGUCGAUAAUGAUUUGCGUUCGUCUAAUUACGAAAAUAGCAAAAAUGUUAUAGAUAUUAAUUUCAAGAGCGUGAUUACAAUACAAGAAUUAAUUUAUCCGUUAGUUAGAAACAAUGGCCGUAUCCUCAACAUUUCCAGCGACUGCGGUCACCUUUCCAAUUUAAGAAAUAAAAAUUGGAUUGAGAGGUUAUCCAAAAAAAAUUUGAAAAUUGAAGAUCUAUACGAAUUCGUCGAUUGGUUUUUGGAAUCAAAGAAAAACGGUACAUUUAAUUCGGAAGACUUCGCUGAUGGCGGUACUGUUGCAGCGUAUAGGGUGGCUAAGAUGUGUCUAAGUGCCGUGACAACGAUACAGCAAAAGCAACUGGAAGGUACAAACAUAUCUGUCAAUUCUAUGCAUCCAGGAUUGGUGCGAACAGACAUGACAACCGGCGUAGGCUUCUACAGUAUAGACCAGGCCGCCGAGACUCCACUGUACCUCGUUCUUGAUGCACCUCAAACAUUAAAAGGAGCGUAUGUUUGGUUCGACAGGAAAGUUCUGGACUGGUACGAUUACAAUGCUGAUUACUAUUUUAAGAUAAAAACUCUUGUUAAUUAAAAAACAAUCGUAUUUUCUUAACAUUGUAUAAAUAAUUAAUUAACA